AUGGCUAUCCGGUCUCUUCCCUUUAUUCCGAUACCACCGAUGCCAUUGCAGACUACCCUCACACUCCCAACUUCUCAAACUUUUGCUCCAACUGGAGCCUGCAGCUCGCAUCAUGAGGGUAGACGCAGUGUGAUACCGGGGAGGAAACCCUCUGUGCGGGCUUGUACCUCAAUAAUCCGAGAUCCAACCAUUCAUUGGAAACUUUUUAAUUUAGUUCUCUCCACGGUCCUUUUCCUUAUCAACCUUGCUAUCUUUAUCACGUUCGUCGUUCUUCGCGCUAUUCAAGGGCCCUGGAUUUACAUUAUCUUGACCUUCAUACUUCUGACGAUUGGAGUAGUAUGGUGUCACGCUUUGUGCCGUCUAGUUGCCGCAGUUUAUCAGUUUCCGAAUUAUGCUGCCGAUUGCACACUUCCUAUCGAGAUGACAGAGACUGCUAGCUAUGUGCGGCCAAACCAUCCUAUUAGUGUCACUUUAGCUGGGGACGAGGAGCGCUCCACCGGAAGUCAUAGUACUGGCCAUGCUGUGAAAGUGACGACACCACCGCCGGCGUACGGUCUAUGGAGAGACAGUGUGCUAUUGAUCUACAUCCAGAGACUCGAUCCUUGCCUACUUCACUGGCAGUGCCUUGAGAACCAGCCGGCUGCACUGCAACACACGGAAAGGAGGAAUGAGAAUCCAAAUCGCGAGCCGCAAGGACACCGGCCCCCAAGCUACAUGUCCGACAACAGCGUCGAGGGAGCUAUGGGUCAAGAACAUUGGCUGAAUAAAGCACCAACAAUCAGAUGUAAUAGGGCCAAUGUCAAUAAUGUAAGCUGGGGUGGUGGAGAGUCGCGAUAA